CCCGUGCCAAAAAAGCUUCUACAAAAGCGUUGUGUGCGCGACAUUACUGCGGCCGACUCCAGUCGCACUUUGCGGCAACAACGCUGCUGAAAGCUCGCCUGAACGCUGAAACGGACCGCUGAAAUAAUUGAAUCACUUCACAGUUAUUUAAUUGAUUCGAAAUUUCAAUUCUAUUUCCAAGUUCAUUGAAGUGCGUGUGAAGAAUAUAAAAUGGCAGCAGAACCAGGUAAUGCUCAAACUGGGCUUGCGCCUCCAGAACCUGAGACCGGUCCAGAUGGCGAGAUCAUUGGAGGACCUCGCACGCCUCAGCAGAUCGCCGCACAACGGAGGCUGCAGCAGACACAGGCUCAAGUCGAUGAGGUGGUGGAUAUUAUGAAGACGAAUAUGGAUAAGGUCCUGGACAGGGACGUGAAGCUGUCAGAACUUGAUGAUAGAGCAGAUGCGCUGCAAUAUGGCGCAUCACAGUUCGAGCAACAAGCCAAGAGUUUGAAGAACAAGUUCUGGUUACAAAACCUCAAGAUGAUGAUUAUAAUGGGUGUGAUCGGAAUCGUUAUAAUAGGCCUACUGUUUGUUCGGUACCGAGGCACGCCGACAGUGGCGGCCCCACCACCGAUAGCGGCUGGCAAUAGCACUAUGACAGCGAAUACUAACCAUUGAAAAUAUAUGUAAUUUAUUCACUCCGCAUCCGUUGGGUUCCACUUCAAAUGAGAAGCUGAUUUAUUAUGUAAUAAUUUAUUAAUAAUCUAUUCUAUGUACCUAUUGUUAUAGUUAAAUAUAAAUCUAAAAAAGAAAUUUAAAGGAACGAAAUAUUACACAAUAUAUUCGGCUGUUUUUUGAAUAAUUCAAUUAUUCAAAAUGCUAAAAUAAUUUAGAUAUUAACUACCAAACGUUUUUUCCCUUCACUAAAAAGUAUUAAAAUAAUAUAUAACCAGUGUUUUGUCCCUUUUACUCUAUCCAAGUAACCAAUUGGUGUGAUAGAGAGAGAAUAUUGGUCAAUGUGUUUAAAGUUGUGAACAGAAUUACAAUAAUAUUAAGUGUGUUUAAAUCAUAAACUAUCCGCAUACAAGGUGUAGACUAAAUUUUAGCAAUACACUUUUUCCUUUUUUCUCAUUUUAGAUUAAUUAAUAAUAAUGAAACGAAAUUUAUGGCUGUCUAAAAUUUGUUUGCGUGCCUUUUAGAUACUAUAUUUAGAAUUCUGUAUCUACUAACUCACAUUGGGCACUAAUGUAUAAAUAUUAUGAAUGCAUAACUACAUCGGCCUAAAGCUAAAAUAAUGUUAAAAAUACUUUCAAAUGUAGUGGAAUCUAUCUGAUAAUGUAAUAUAGUUCUAAACACGUUAUAUUUAUCUAAAUUCCUGACACUAAUCAUUUCAUUCUUGUAUUACACGUAAUAACAGCAACAGUAGGAUAAUAAGGAAUUGAAAAAUACGAAAUAAACAAAUGAAAUAACAAUAAUACAAAUAAUUUUGCUUAUU